UGUCAUGGCGGUGAGGUGUCCUUGGAGUUAACCGUGUUUCUGUGUGUCGGUGGACCGGGAGGACCGGAGAGUCUCCGGGUAGAGCUGCUGUCGGUGUCCGGAGCAGAUGAAGUGAAGGACAGAAGAUGAAAAUACACAAGAAGGACAAGCAGCAGAUGUUCACUGGUGUCCUGAAGCACACGCCUCCUCCGGCCUCCUCCACCUCCUCCUCCUCCUCUGCAGCCUCCUCCUCCGCCUCGGACCAAAAGAGUAACGCACAAACCGUUCCCACAAUCCUCCGGGGCCACCUGGUCGUGGGCUCAAAGGACCAGCUCCGCCUCCUCAGCCCCGUGGGCAGCACGGCGACAUCCAAUCACAACGCGGUGGCCGGGGCCAACGCCGCCAAGCACUCCGGAGGAGCCCCGAGACCUCCUUCCUCCCUGAGCGAGGAGGAUGAUGGAGGAGGAGGAGGGAGGGUGAAGAAGAAACGGAAGAAAAAGGACAAGAGAGAACGUGAGAGAGGGGGAGGGGAGGGGGAGGAGAGGGAGAGCAGCAAACCAAAGAAACGGAAGGAGGAGAAGGAGGCGAUGGCCGUCACACUGAGGAGGAGCAGCAAGGAGCCUAAGGAAGGAAAGGAGCACAAGGAGCGAAGGAGCAAAGGGAAGGAGGCCAGGAAGGAGCUGAAGAAGGUGGCAGGAGGGAAACCGAUUCCACUUCCUGUCAAGGUUCCUGGAAAGAGAGGAAGGAAACCGAAGGUCAAGGUCCUUCCUCCUGCUCCCCCCAGCCACGCACCUCCUCCUGCUCCUGCUGUCCUCACUAAGGGACAGACACACAGCGUCCAGAGCCACGGCAAGAACCACAGACAGGUCAGCAGACAGGUCAGCAGACAGGUCAACAGACAGGUCAACAGACAGGUCAACAGCAAGACAACCACCCCCCCGACACCCAGACAGAGGGGACGCAAACCCAGAGAUCCUGGUGCAGCGCCGCUGGAGAAGAAGAAGAAAGGGAAGAGGAGAAACCAGGAGCAGACUGUCCACGAGGGGGACAGUGAUGACACUACCUCAACAUCUGUCCUCAUGGGGGGGGAGGACGGCCAGGACACCACGAAGCGUCGUUCGGGUCGUCAGGUCAAGAGGAGGAAGUACAACGAGGAUUUGGACUUUAAGGUUGUGGACGAUGACGGGGAGACGAUCGCGGUCCUCGGAACCGGUCGUAUCUCAGCGCUGAACGCCACGGCGCUGGCCUGGCAGGCCGAGGAACCACCGGAGGAUGAAGCCAACAUCAUCGAGAAGAUCCUGUCUGUCAGACCAGUGAAGAAAGAGACUUCUUCAUCAGAGGACCAACCCGAGGAGACGGAGGAGUUUUAUGUCAAGUACAGAAAUUUUUCCUACCUUCACUGUAAGUGGGCCACUCUGGAGGAGCUGGAGAAAGAUCCCAGAAUCCACCAGAAGAUUAAACGCUUUCGGACCAAACAGGCCCAGAUGAAACACCUGUUCACCGAGCCCGAUGAGGACAUCUUUAACCCGGACUAUGUGGAGGUGGACAGAGUCCUGGAGGUGGCUGUCACCACGGACACGGAGACUGGAGAGGAGGUCACUCACUACCUGGUUAAGUGGUGCAGUCUCUCGUACGAGGAGGCGACCUGGGAGCUGCAGGAGGACCUGGACCCAGAGAAGAUCAAAGAGUUUGAGGAGAUCCAGAAACUGCCAGCAGACCUCCGACACAUGGAGCGUCCUCUUGCAGAGAAAUGGCAGAAGCUGGACGGCUCCAGAGGAUACCGCAACGGAAACCAGCUCAGAGAAUACCAGUUAGAGGGAAUGAACUGGUUACUGUUCAACUGGUACAACAGAAAAAAUUGCAUCCUAGCGGACGAGAUGGGUUUGGGUAAGACGAUCCAGUCCAUCACCUUCCUGUUUGAGAUCUUCAGCAUGGGGAUCCGUGGGCCGUUCCUCAUCAUCGCCCCGUUGUCCACCAUCACCAACUGGGAGAGGGAGUUCCGGACGUGGACGCCGUUGAACGUCAUCGUGUAUCACGGCUCUCAGAUCAGCCGGCAGAUGAUCCAUCAGUACGAGAUGUUCUACAGAGACCCCCAGGGCAACACCAUCCCCGGUGUCCUGAAGUUCCACGGGCUGAUCACCACCUUCGAGAUGAUCAUGGCCGACUGUCCCGAUCUGAGGAAGCUCCACUGGCGCUGCGUGGUGAUCGACGAAGCUCACCGCCUGAAGAACAGGAACUGCAAACUGCUGGAGGGACUGAAGCUCAUGAACCUGGAACACAAGGUUCUGCUGACAGGAACUCCUCUGCAGAACUCGGUGGAGGAGUUGUUCAGCCUGUUGAACUUCCUGGAGCCGCUGCAGUUUCCUUCAGAAAGCACUUUCCUGGAAGAGUUCGGAGACCUGAAAACAGACGAGCAGGUGAAGAAGCUUCAGGCCAUUCUGAAGCCCAUGAUGUUGAGGAGACUGAAGGACGACGUAGAGAAGAACCUGGCGCCUAAAGAGGAGACCAUCAUCGAGGUGGAGCUGACCAACAUCCAGAAGAAAUAUUACCGAGCCAUCUUAGAGAAGAACUUCUCCUUCCUGUCCAAAGGAGCCAACCAGCACAACAUGCCCAACCUCAUCAACACCAUGAUGGAGCUCCGCAAGUGCUGCAACCACCCGUACCUCAUCACAGGAGCGGAGGAGAAGAUUCUGGAAAGCUUCAGGAAGUACCACAGUCCUGACGCUCUGGACUUCCAGCUGCAGGCGAUGAUCCAGGCGGCCGGUAAGCUGGUUCUGAUCGACAAGCUGCUGCCCAAGCUGCUGUCUGGAGGUCACAAAGUGCUGGUCUUCUCCCAGAUGGUGCGCUGCCUGGACAUCAUGGAGGACUACCUCAUACAGAGACGAUACACGUACGAACGCAUCGACGGACGCGUCAGAGGAAACCUGCGACAGGCCGCCAUCGACAGGUUCUGCAAGCCAGACUCGGACCGCUUCGUCUUCCUGCUGUGCACCCGAGCCGGAGGCCUGGGAAUCAACCUCACGGCUGCAGACACCUGCAUCAUCUUCGACUCGGACUGGAACCCCCAGAACGACCUGCAGGCCCAGGCUCGAUGUCACCGGAUCGGUCAGAGCAAAGCGGUGAAGGUCUACCGGCUGAUCACCAGGAACUCCUACGAGAGGGAGAUGUUUGACAAGGCCAGUCUGAAGCUCGGUCUGGACAAAGCCGUCCUCCAGGACAUCAACCGUAAAGGCAGCCUGAACGGGGUGCAGCAGCUCUCCAAGCUGGAGGUGGAGGACUUGUUGAAGAAAGGAGCGUACGGAGCGCUGAUGGACGAGGAAGACGAGGGAUCCAAGUUCUGUGAGGAAGACAUCGACCAGAUUCUCCAGAGACGGACUCAGACCAUCACCAUCCAGACGGAGGGGAAAGGGUCCACGUUCGCCAAGGCCAGCUUCAUCUCAUCUGGAAACAGAACGGACAUUUCUCUGGACGACCCAAACUUCUGGCAGAAAUGGGCAAAGAUCGCUGAGGUGGAGAUCGACUCCAAAUCUGAGAAGGAGUCCUUGGUGAUCGACACUCCUCGGGUGAGGAAGCAGACUCGUCACUACAACUCUUUCGAGGAUGACGAGCUGAUGGAGUUCUCGGAGCUCGACAGCGAUUCUGAGGAUCGACCGUGUCGAACCCGCCGUCUGGGAGAACGCAGCCGACGCUACCUCAGAGCGGAAUGCUUCAGAGUGGAGAAGAACCUGCUCAUCUUCGGCUGGGGUCGGUGGACGGACAUCAUGAACCACGGCCGCUUCAAAUGGCACCUGGCAGAGCGAGACAUGGAGAUGAUCUGCAGGGCUCUGCUGGUCUACUGCCUGAGACACUACAAAGGAGACGACAAGAUCAAGAGCUUCAUCUGGGACCUGAUCACCCCGACCAAGGAGGGCCAGGACCAGGACCUGCUCAACCACUCUGGGCUAUCUGCUCCGGUUCCUCGUGGUCGGAAGGGGAAGAAGCUGAAGAACCAGCUGAACGUUCCUGAGGUGAAGACCGCCGACUGGCUGGUCCACUGUAACCCGGAGGUGGUUCUGCAGGACGAGAGCUACAAGAAGCACCUGAAGCAGCACUGCAACAAGGUGCUGCUGAGGGUGAGGAUGCUCUACUACCUGAAGGUGGAGGUGUUGGGUGAAGCUGCCACUCAAGCUGGAGAGGGGAUACCUGCCAGUAAGCUGGAGGUGUCUCUCCCUGACAUCGACUACAUAGAGAUUCCGGUCUCUUGGUGGGACACAGAAGCUGACAAGUCUCUGCUCAUCGGAGUCCACAAACACGGCUACGAGCGGUACAACGCCAUGCGUGCGGAUCCAGACCUUUGUUUCCUGGAGAGAGUGGGGAUGCCCGACGUCACUGCUCUGUCUGCUGAACAGGGAGGAGGGGAGGGGGGUGACAUGACUGACAGCGUGAGCAAAGUGGAGGAGGUGAAGGACGACGCAGAGAUCAAAGCUGAAGGAGGAGAGGACCGAGACGAGAGCAGCAAGGGAGAGGAAACCUGCUCCAGCACCGACAUGUCAGACAAACCGGACAGCACCGGUCCAGACUCUCAGAUGUCAGGUGACCUGUGCGUCCAGGACGGAGCUCUGGUCACCACGACGACGGUGGGAUCGGGUUCCGGGGUGGCAUCGCUCCAUGUGGUCCAGGCCCGGCCCGUCUGGCCCGCCGGCCCCGCCCUCACGGCCCGUUUACGGCGUCUGAUCACCGCCUACCAGCGCUUCACGCUGCGCCGCGAGCCGCCGCUCCGCCACGACUUCCUGCUCCACGACGGACUGGUCGCCAUGGGGAUGGGUGGAGCCGGAGUCCAUGGCCACCACGGCGGGCCGAUGGCGUGGCAGCUGGGGGAGGAGCUGAGGAGGUGCUCCGUGGUCGCCACAGAACCGGACCCGCUGUUCCUGGAGUGGCAGAGGAGGUGGACUCGUCGAGAACAAGCAGAUUUCUACCGCACCGUGUCCUCGUAUGGCGUCGUUUACGACUCAGACAGGAAGUCCUUCGACUGGUCCCAGUUCAGAGCUCUGGCCCGACUGGAGAGGAAGACGGACGAGAGCCUGGAGAGAUACUUCAACUCCUUCGUCAACAUGUGCAGGACGGCCUGCAAGCUGCCUGCCAGGAAGGAGGAAGACUCGGUGGACCCCGCUGUGCUGGUGGAGCCUCUGACUGAAGAGAGAGCAGCCAGGACUUUAUAUCGCAUCGAGCUGCUCCGGAAGAUCAGAGAGCAGGUUCUCCGUCACCCGUUGCUGUCGGCCCGCCUCCAGCUGUGCCGGCCCUCCCUCUACCUGCCGGUCUGGUGGGAGUCUGGGAAACACGACCGGGACCUCCUCAUCGGGGCGGCGCGCCACGGCUUGAGCCGCACCGACUUCUACAUCCUGAACGACCCCCAGCUGAGCUUCCUGGAGGCUCACAGGAACUACGUCAGGGGGCACCCCUCCCACCUCCAUCCUCAGAGUCAUCUUCACCUGGUGACUCAUCCUGGCAUCUCGUCUUCAUCCUCCUCCUCUCAUCCUCACUGCUGCCUGUAUGAUUCCCCUCAGCCUCCCGAGUAUCCCCACCAGUCCUCCCAGCACCACCAGCACCACCCUGGGCCUCCACCGGCUCCUUCUCCCUCCUCCUCUCACCCUCACCUCCACCCCCUUCCAUUGGACGCCCACAACUCUUCCUCUCCCAGUCUGGGACUGGUCUCUGGGUCGAGGGGAGACUUCCUGGACUGCCCCCCUCUGGAUGAAGGUCUGGAGCUGGGUUCUCUGCAGCAUGACGCCAUGUCUGCGGACGCUCUGCACGGAGGGAAGGCCUCCAAAGACGCCCUCAACGGUUUCCCCUUCAACUCGGCUGCAGGAGGUCAAAGCAUGCUCAACUCGUACGGCGUCGGGGGAACCGACCUCGACUCCAAACUGAGGAGUGACGUUCUGGUUGGAGAGCAGGGCUCCUCAGAGGAGACCGGGCUGAUGGCCCCGUCAGUGGAGCUGGAUCACUUACAGGCUCCCUGGGACGGGACCGACCAGUCCAGUCCGGCUCACCACAUGUUCAACGAGUCCGAUCCGAUCCUGGGUCCCUCCGCUCUGGAGACCGGCUUCCUGGAGGAGGAGGAUGAGGAGGCACAGGGGGGAGACAGAGGAGGGGAGGAAGGAGCGACUCUGGAGGAGUGUUUGGGCCUCCCCCCCUCCUCCUCCCCCUCCCACCCCUCAGCAGGAGACCCUGUGGAGCCGCUGUCCUCCAGCUUCAUGCUCUUCAAGGACAUCGGAGUCAGCGAGGAACCCAGCGGAGAUCAAACCGACCUGUCGGCGAGCCCCCCUCCCCCCUACGUCCCCCCUCCUCCUCUCUCUCUGUCUGACAUCACUGCCCACGAGCCGCGGGAUAGGCUGAACCACUCUGAUGUCACAGAGAGCCUGGCCAAUCCUGAGGAGGAAGGAGAGGGCCGGGCAGGAGGCGCUGGGUUCCAGUUUGAUGACAAGGAGGGAAAAGAGGGAGACCUGUCGAGGAGGAGCGAGGAGCAGACUGUGGAGAAACCAGGAGAUCAAAGUCUGGGAAGAGAGGAGUGUGAUGCAGAACGAGGUGCUGACCAACGUUUGGGAGUCUUGAAUCCCCCAAUGGAAGUAACCCAGAUGGACGGGGUAGUGCCAGAUCCUGGACUCGGAGACCAGGAUGAAGAAGACCUUGAGGGGAGCUUUGACCAAUCAGAGCACAAAGAGGAGUUACGGCCAGACGCUCACCCGUAUCUCAGGAAGCUGGAGCAGCAGGGCGGCCUCGGCUGUCCCGAGUCUAUUGAAGAACCCGGAGAGGAAGUGGACGGGUUGAUUCUGUAUCAGACGGACGAGACGAUGGGAAACUCGGAUCUGGCAGAUCAAGUGGACGAGGUCUCUGAAGGGAAGGUGGAUCGAGUUCCUCAACCCUGUGAUGAAACACCAGAGGAACAAACAGACGUCAAACCCAGUGAGAUGGUGCUGCAGAGCAUCUACUCUGAAUACGCAUCGGCCUGCUGCCCUGCUGCCUCCGUACCACCACCACCUACAGAAGCCUCAAAGUCAGAGGGAGGAGCUGGACUCCACAGUGAAGAGUCCACGGAUCAGGAAAACUAUGACGACACAGCUGGAGAUGAGAAGAAUAGAGUCCUAACAUUCUCCCUCCAUCAGGACAACAAAGACCAUCUGCUGGAGCAAGAUGAAAUCAAAAUGGCCCCCACUCCUCCUGCAGACGCAGUCGACUCAAAGCCAUUGGAUCUGAAGUUUCCUCUGUUAGCAGACGGAGGUGGUGAGAAGAAACCACAGCUACUGGAGCUGCCAGUGAAGAUGGAGGAGACCAAGACGGAGACAGCUGAGGAAGUCUACCCCGACAGCUCUGAAUCCACACAUGGAAAGUUCCUCUCCUACCGGGUCAAGUCAGAGAACUUGGUGACCAAAGCUGAGCAGUUACACUACCCUGUGAAACCAGAAACUCUGGAGACCAAACCUGAAGAUCUGAGCCCCCCCAUGAAGGCCGAGAGCGUAGACCGUAAACCUCUAGUCCUCCAGUUCGCCGCCUACUCCGCUGGCGCUGAAAUCAAACCUGAGCAUAAACCAGUAGCUCUCCUGUUCACUGCUUCUCCAGACGGAGCUAAGCUGAAGACCGAGUCAGAGCCAGAGGAUUUAAAGUUAACCCCCAAACCAGAAGGUCUGGAGUUCUGCACCUACCCAGACAGCUCCGAGAUCAAACCGGAGGCCAAGCCACAGGACCUGGACCUCUCAGCCUUUCCUGAGGUCAAAGCUGAGACCAAGCAGGAGCUGUUGGAGGCCGACAGCACCGUCCUGACCCCGAAGCUGGAGCAGGCCGACGGGCUGGUAGACUCCUCAGAGGGUCUGGUGGGGAAAGAACCAGUGAAGGAGGAGCGGCCAGGUACACCAGUGGUGGAGGGGUACCCAUGCAGCCCCCGGUUUGCGGCUCCUGUCUCCAUGGUUGAUGUUCCUGAGGGCCUCCAGGAGUCCCGUGAGCCUACGAUCGCCCAGCUGUUGCAGGAGAAAGCUCUGUACUCCUUCUCUGAGUGGCCCAAGGACCGAGUCAUCAUCAACCGUCUGGACAGCAUCUGUCACGCCAUCCUGAAGGGAAAGUGGCCUUCCUCCAGUGAGCAGUACGACUCGCCCGGCGCCGUGGUCGCCAACUCCUGCCUGGCCAACAGUUUGGCCCAGCAGCACCACCAACACCACCAGCAGCACCAGCAGCACCAGCACCACCAGCACCACCAGCAGCACCAGCAGCACCGAGCCAGCUUCCUGCCCACCACGGCCUCCAGCUCCGUCCCCGGCCAGCCUCGGGUCCAGCAGACCAACGCAGGCCUCGGGUUCUCCAUCCCCCCCCCCACUAGACUACCUAAGUACAUGUCGCGGGGCGGUGCAUGUGGGCGAGGAGCGUGGCGCCUCACCUCCUUGCCUCUCUUGCAGGAGCGACUUGUGGCUCCUCCUUAUCUCCCCGAGCUCAAACGCGGGGGUCGGAGGUCGUUCGACUACGAGGCUGCUGCCGCUGCAGCCGCAGCCAAGGCUCUAUCUGGGAAGUCGUCGUCCGUCCCCACGAGCUCCGGCGGUGCCUCUCCGGUGGUGGCUCCGCCCUCUCAUCACAGCGGCGCCAUGUUGAUUAACGGCUGGCAGGAGACGGCCAUCGAUCUCACCAAGCCGUCUGCAGACAUGAGCGGCGGCGGUGGGGGGUCGGGAGACGCCGUGGUGGCUCCGGGACUCGGUCACCAGCUGCCACCCCCCCCCAUCACCGCACCGCUGCCGGGCUCCGUGGGGAUGGACAUGGCCGGGAUCCUGCAGGCGGGGCUCAUCCACCCGGUGACAGGGCAGAUAGUUAAUGGAAGCCUGAGGGGAGAUGACUCCCUGAGGAGGAGGAGAGGGAGGAGGAGAAACGUGGAGGCGCUGUACUCUGAGUUCACCAAGAGCAGAGGACUCCACCUCCAGGAGAACCAGCUGCAGGGCCGAGUGGAGCUGAUCAGCCACUCCUCCGUCUCCUCCUCCACCUCCUCGCCGUCCCCCUCUCCUUCAGAGCGACCCGCCGGCCCCCCACCGUCCUCCUCCUCCACGCCCACCCCCACCCAGACUCCUCCUCAGCCAGAGAUUGUGGCCAUCGACCGGGAGGCGGCCAGCAAAGGUCUGAUGGAGUGGCUGAGGCAGAACCCGGGUUACAGCAUGGACCUGCCCAGCUUCUCUCACUCUGGAGCAGGUCUGUUACACGGCUUUGUGGAGCGUCCCAAGCAGAGGAGGCAUCGCUGCAAAGACCCCACCAAGCUGGACAUCAACUCUCUGACGGGGGAGGAGAGGGUUCCUGUAGUUCACCGAGGCACCGGACGCCGGCUGGGCGGUGCGAUGGCGCCGGCCAUAAAGGAGCUGUCCCGUUGGCUGGAUGCCAACACGGAGUACUACGUGGCUCCGGACUGGGCCGACGUGGUCAAACACUCGGGUUUCCUCCCUGAGGGGAAGUUCUGUCGGAUCCUGACGGAACCAGUCAACAGAGACCCGGGUUCUCGGCGCCGUGGGCGGCGACCUCGCAGCGAGAUGCCUAAGCCCCUCCUGUCGGUGUCUGACUCCGCCUCCUCCGGCCUCGGCCCCCCCCUCUUCAUGAACGGAGGCUUGAUUGGCAGCAUGGACUCCAUGGUGGCCAUGCAGAACCUCCGCGGGGGGAUUCAUGGGAUUCCCAUCUCGGGCAUCAUGGCGGCCGGGUUCCCUCACGGUUUCUCCGCCGUCCAAGCGGGCGGAGCUUCGGCGGAGGACGCCAAGAACGGGUUGAGUAUGUUACCCAUGAUGCUUCACGGCAUCCCUCACCCCCACGGCGCCGCCAUCCAGCAGCACGCCUUGUUCAGCGUCGGAGCCAUGAUGGCCCAUGCACCUCCUCCUCACCCCAGCUCCUCCUCCUCCUCUUCCUCCUCCGCCUCAAAGGUCACCACGACGACCGCCCCGUCUACGUCCGAGGCCGCCAGCCCUUCGUCCACCACGCCGGCCGAGCGGGAGAGCGGCGCCUCCUCUGGUUCCGGCGGGGGGGAGACGGAGAAAGGAGCAGCGGACGCCAACAAAAGAGCGGAGGCGGCCGUCAUCACCUCCACCAGCAGGGCCCAUCUGGGCUCCGCCCACCUGGGAGCCGGCAGCCACCUGACCUUUAACCCCUUCCUGAUCCCCGGCAUGUCCCACGGCCUGCUGUACCCACACAUGUUCCUGCCCCACGGCGGCAUCAUGGCGCUGCCCGCUAUGCCCCCCGGGGCGCUGGAGCCGGGGAGCCCCAAGAGGAGGAGGAAGAGAGGGCGGGAGGAGGGGGAGAGAGAGGAGGAGAAGGCGGCCAUGGUGAAGGCAGAGGAGAGAGAAAGUACAGUUCAGGCCUCCUCCUCCUCUCCCUCCGCCCCCCCCUCCUCCACUCCAGAACCCGGACCGGCUCCCCAUGAGGAGCUCCAGGAACCGGACUCCCACGACGCUCCUGAGGGAGCAGAGGAGAAAGAGGAGAGACAGGAGGACCCAGCAGGAGAGGCAGCGGAGGAGCAGAGACAGGUGGAAGGAGAGGAGGCGUAGAGGAGGAGAGACGUCCACUCCCUUCCUCCUCCUCCUCCUCCUCCUCCUCCUCCUCCUCCAGUGUAAAGUUUGUGCCGUGUCUGUCAGUCGAUGUCCAUGUAAAGACUUUUAUUAUGACGCUGACGAUGAAUAACGAUGAUUAUAUUCAACUUGGUUCUGUUUAAAUACCAAGACCCCCCUCCUCCCCCUCCUCCCCCUCCUUGUAUACAAACACCAGUGUAAGAAACCAUCGUCUGUGUCCUCCUCCCCUCCGUCCUGCAUCCAGACUGAGACUCCUCCUCCUCAGGAGGAGAGGCGUGGCCUCUAAGGAGCAGCUCCAGUAACGAAUCAGAGACGCUCCAUCAGAGGGCGUGUUGCCGUGGAGACGAGGAAGACGAUGAAGAGUUGUUAGAGGAAUCAGAGAAGCUCACAGAGGAGAACUGGUUUGAGUUCAUGUCUAAGUUCUGUCUGGUUGGUUCACUAAAGUCAGAGGUCGUUGGUUCUAGAUUACGUAGAAGAACCUGGAGGUGAGACACUAAAACACCUUCAGAACCAGAUCAAUACAACCCAUAAACACACCUUCAGAACCAGAUCAGUACAACCCAUAAACACACCUUCAGAACCAGAUCAAUACAACCCAUAAACACACCUUCAGAACCAGAUCAAUACAACCCAUAAACACACCUUCAGAACCAGAUCAAUACAACCCAUAAACACACCUUCAGAACCAGAUCAAUACAACCCAUAAACACACUAAUCCUCUUCAGUGGCUCAGAGGUUUUUACGUAUUUGAAUCAUGACUCUAUUAUUAUCAAUGCUAUGCCGUUGCUGCUAGGACUUCUUUUAACAGAAGUUGAGAGUUAAAGUUCUCCAGAACUAAAGAACGUCCCUCUGUUGAUUGAGAACAAUCAGGAGUUCACAUUUAGUUCAUCUGAAGACACAAAGUCACCUUCACACAUUGACCCUCAAGUGUUUCGGCCUAAUCAGAGGAGGUGAAAGACGGGAGGAGAAGAGGAGCCAGCAGGAGGUCUGAUGUGUCCUCUAGACGACGGAGAGGAGGAGAAGAUAAGAGGAGGAGGAGGAGGAGGAGGAGCUUCUAUCCUUCCCUCUAUGCUUAGAGUCCACAGACGUUCUCCUGUCCUCCAUCCAGACAGGAGGAGGACACAGGACCUCCUCGUGGCUCCUCGCCUCCUUUCUGUUCCUCCGGUUAGUUUUUCUCAAUAAGUCAUUCUCUGACUUUAUAUUUCCGUUUCUUUCUUUCGUGCACCGUUUGUUUCUUUGUCCUCUUCUUGGUUUCUCGUUGGUGACCACAUACUUGACAGAGGAGAGGGGGAUUGUGGGUAAGGAGCAGACUGUACUGUACAUUAAGUGGGUCCGUGUUUCGGGUUCUACGUCAAAUGUUUCCGUUUACGAUGUUGGAUUUCACUUUAGUUUUGUUUUCAUUCAUGGAAACAUCAUUUUUGCACAACGUCUUUUUGUGAAUGUUGACCUGUCCUGUGUUUCUUCAUGUGUGUGUGUGUGAUGGGAGAGUGUGUGUGUGUGUGUGUGUGUGUGUGUGUGUGUGUGUGUGUGUGUGUGUGUGUGUGUGUGUGUGUGUGUGUGUGUGUGUGUGUGUGUGUGUGUGUGUGUUCCUCCUCCGUCUCGUCUUCACCUUUCUUGUCGGUAAAAAGCUGAACUUGGUCGUUGCCUUGUCACAGGUUUGUGGCUCCAUCUUAUUUAUUACACUUUUCUUUUGCCAAACGUUCACCAAAUAUUCUUUCUCUUAUGUUCGUGUCAUAUUACUCCAAGUGGAAGGCCUUAUUUAGCUGUUGUAGUUUGUAGAGACAUGUGUGAAGAACCCUCCGUUAAAACAAUCAGUCGUCUCAAAGCACAAAGCCUUCCUGACCAGUGCCUCGAUCUGACCUUCAGAAGGAGCUUCACCGUGUGACAUCAUCACCUCUCCUCCCUGUCAUUGGUUUAUUUUGUACCUGAGUCCAGAUGACCUUUGACUCUGUAGAGAUUCUAAACCUCACAUGAUGACCUCUGUAGAAAGGUUCUACGUUCUCAUCACUGAUGUUCUCCUCUCACUCUGAACCAUGGAAACGUCUUCUUCUGUACUCUGAGUCACUUCAGACUAAACCUGUGACAUGUUAUUAUUAUAUAAUGUUAUUAUUAUAUAAUGUUAUUAUACUGUGAACUCAGCUUAUGAGACUGAGUUCAGUCUGAAGAGUUCAUCCAACAGGAGAAGCAUUACAACACUAUUAGAGUGAGUAUUAAGAUACAAUAAGAUUAUCUUAUUAAUUAAACAGAUUACCAGGAACAUUAUCUUUGUAGUCUCUAACCACAGAAACCUGAAUAUUAAGUGAAAGUAAACGUUCCGAGUCUUUUGAUAUUCCAGUUGUCUGAAGAGUAAAAGCAGAAUACUCUGAAUAAUAUGUAGAAUAUUGUGUAAAGUGGAACAGUUUGUGUCGACGUGUUUCCUGGUUCAGAUUUAGAGGAACAGAAGAACAUUAGUGAGAACCAUGACGUUCUGGAUGGUUCUGACCCGGUUCAGUCUCUAAAUCAGAACCACGCGCCGUCUCUUUAAGGACGGCGGUCUGAUCCAGAUCACCGUCUUCUGUCGGGUGUCUGGUUCUCCUGCUCCUCCAGGAGAACCAGAGCAUCUGAUUGGUUGUUGGGGUUCCUGAAGAGAACAGAGUCAUCUGUCCUCAGCCAUGUAGUGACAUCACUUCCUGUUUCUGUGUAACAGCUGGAGGUGUGUCCAUGUCCCAUCAUGCCUUCUGUUCCAGUGUUACCGCCCCUCUACAUGGAGAGGUCAUCAUAAAUGUAUUUAUUGUUCAUGAACUGAGAUUAACUGUUUUUUUAAACGGAGUCACAUGGUGAAGAGUCCCCUGUUUUCAUGUGCCAUACCAUAAUAAUCAGAUCCCCAGCCGUUACUGGGCUGAAGCAGCUUUUGGGAUUCUGACCCGGGACCAGCUGAUCCAGAUCAUGAGUUCAUGGUGUUUAGUGACCACGUUUAGGAGAAACAUAUUGACAUCAUCCAGAGAAAGGAGAGGAGAGGAGGGUGAGAGAGACCAGCACCUCCCUGGUCCUGUAGCUGACCUUUGACCUCUGACCUCCUGUAGAAGGACUGUCAUAGCCUCUAGUAUCAUCUACAGGUUUAAAGUCUCGUUCUGCUCCCUUAAAUUCAAACAUCUAAACCAGAUGUUCCUCCUUCAGACGGUCCUGAACUGGUCUGAACUGGUCUGGUUUCAUUCUGGUUUCACAGACACUGAGGAGGAGAACGUAGAUCAUAUAUCAGACACCUCUAUGUCGUCAUAUUAGACAUUAUUAAACACUGAUCUACUGAUUAAAAAGAUUGAAAAUAUGGAUUCUUCUUCAGAUUAAAGAGAAACUAAACGAUUGUCAGAGAUAAAGAAGUGAAUCCUCCCAGUGUGAGUCUGUGGAACCAGCUCAACAUGAGACGUGAGCCGUCUGCUGGUGGUGAUGAUGACGAUGAUGAAGAGGCUGCUCCUGAGCUCCUCCUCUGGUGGUUUUUAUCUUUGGGUUCUCCUUUGUAACUAUAGCUCUCUCUCUCUCUCUCUCUCUCUGUGUCCCAUGUGAGUCUCAACAUGGUCUGUGUGAUCUUUUAUGGUGCAAUAAAAGAUGACUUUCAACCUCCUCGCGUCAUGUGACUCGUUCCUUCCUCGUCACUCAUUUAGCUGCUGUCGUUUCUCACUUCUGUGUUGAGUGUCAGGUGAGUUGACCUCUGCUCUCUGCACAAUGCAUGCUGGGAAAGACGGAGCAGGUAGAGGUUCACGUCUCAUAACGAGAGAAAGAGAAUUCAUAAGCUCAAUGUUUUCAUAUUCACUAUCUACUGAUACACCUGUGUAGAAAUACUUCUUGU